AUGUCAAAGGUAGGUUAUGACUUCGGCUUAUCUUCCUCGUUGGGGAAGCUUAAUCCAAAUGUCGCAGGAGAAAGGACACAUGGCCUUAGCGAAACCCGAAAGAAGUUGAAGGAGCAGGGUUACACAAUCGAUGCAGCUAGAGUAGGCCUAGGCUUUACUCCCAUCGCACCUGUCAAGAUCUCUGCUAGAAGAAAAGAAAAUAAGGCAGAAGCUCAACACAUUAGUGUCAAAGCGGUUGAGGAGGAAGAAGAACCAAAGGCUAUUAAGAGAGCCUCAGUGUUCGACCAUUUAGCUAAGCUUACCCAGCGGACCUCAAUUUUUAGCCGCAUCAAAGAAUCGACAUCACGACCUUCUGUGUUCGAAAGGAUAUCUGGACAUAAGAAUCAAAGGAGAAUCCAAUCAGCUCCACACAGAUCGGCGCUAGAAAGACUCGGAGUCCUAAGCAAGCUGUCUGAAGAGGAAAGCCAGAUAUCUGGACAUAAGAAUCAAAGGAGAAUCCAAUUAGCUCCACACAGAUCGACGCUAGAAAGACUCGGAGUCCUAAGCAAGCCGUCUGAAGAGGAAAGCCAGCGAGAGUUGGAAAGUGGAGUUCAUGUUGAUUUGACGGAAGAUAAUGAAAUCCGGAGCCUAAUCCCGUCACGUAUGAAACGUCACUCAACAUUAGACGUAACUUUAGGUGACCAACUCAAAGUGAAACAACGAACAAUCAUACAAACUCGGAAAAAUUUGAGUCAACAAAAUGAAAGUGAUGAUGAAGAAGCAGAGAUUCUAGCUGUUCAUCACGUUACUAUUAAGGAGCUCGAUGAAGAGGAACCUUUCGAGGAUGAGGUUCAUGAUGCUCCUGUUGCAUUAAAAGAUGGGGGCCAAGUGACUGUUGAUGAAUUAAAAGAGCUCAACUUGGGCACAAAUGAAGACCCAAGACCUAUCUUCGUUAGUGUACUUUUGAAUCUUAGUAAAAAGGAAUCAUACCAUCAGUUGUUACUUGAGUAUAAAGAUGUCUUUGCUUGGACGUAUAAGGAGAUGCCAGGCCUCGAUCCAAAAGUUGCGAUCCAUCACCUUGCAGUCAAACCUGGAACGCAUUCGAUCAAACAAACUCAACAUCACUUCUGUCUGGAGCUCCUAAAUCAAAUCGAAGUUGAAGUCGACAAGUUGAUCACCGCCGGAUUUAUUAGGGAGGUGAAAUAUCCGACGUGGAUAGCGAACAUUAUUCCGGUGAAGAAGCAAAUCACUGGAAAAAUUCGUAUUUUUGUUGGCUUCCGUGACUUAAACGAGGCUUGA